AUGUGUGAGCAAGCAGCGCGCUACUGCAGGGACGGUGUCCACAAACUGCUCCAAAAAGAACAACCGAAACUCCGGGCUCAGGACAGCAAAGAGCAACCAAAACCCGUGGCCGAGGAAAGCGAGUCAGCGACGGCUGCACAGUUUGGAAACAGCGGCGCCCAGCCCGGUGGAAUUGACGGGCUCGUCCGCUGGAUAGUCACCAAGAUGAGCGACAACAAAAGCAUCUCUACCCGGGAAUACGCGAAGGAGGAGGCAGCGGUUGCCCAAGAGCAGUUCUUCGCACCAGAGCCACGGAAAGGCAUCUCUGUAAUAUUGGAUAUUUUCCGGAGAGCUGAUAAGGAUGAUGAUGGGAAGCUAUCUCUGGACGAGUUCCAGGCGUUCUUCUCCGACGGGACGCUGAACGAGGAAGAACUGGAGAAGCUGUUUCACACAAUUGACUCUGAUAACACCAGUAAUGUUGACACUAAGGAACUCUGUGACUACUUUGCCAAACACAUGGGUGACUAUGAGGGUGUACUGGCCUCCCUGGAGACUCUCAACCUGUCCAUCCUCAGAGCCAUGGACUUCACCAAGAAGGUGUACGAACGAGGGACCAACGUGGAGCAAUUUGUUACCCGCUUCCUGUUGAAGGAAUCAGCCAAUCAGAUCCAUUCUCUGCUGAACUCGGUGGAGAGUGCUGUGGACGCUAUUGACGAACAGCACUGUAGUCAGUCAGGGUACCCUAUUAAGGUCAGUCAACAGGUUCCAGAGAAAUGUUAUGAGAACCCAGUGCCUGACUACCCUCCUAACAACAGAAUCAGUGCUGCUAAGGAUGCUGCCCCAAGGAUCAUCAACACUGCUACAGGGGUGGUGGAGGUAAGGAAAGAGACGCUGGAGGCACAGAUCAACCGACUAGCUGAGCUGAUUGGACGCCUUGAGAACAAGACAGUUUGGUUUGACCUGCAUCAGAGGCUAACAGACACUGAUGGCACAGCCAGCGCAUCCCUGUACCUGAUUCGUCAGGAGAUGACGGUAUCCCAGAAGCAGCUGGGAGAAUUCUGUGAGGCCCUGAAGCAGUACCUGAAGAAUGUCUCUGCUGAAAGAGACUGCUUCCAUGUGACUGCAGUGCGGCUGCCAGAUGGGCUCUCCUUCGUGGUGUAUGAGUUCUGGGAUGGAGAGGAGGAGUGGAAAAAGCACCUCCAGGCUGCAUCCUUCAAGGCCUUUCAACAUGUUAAAGUUGACACUCUGUGCCAGCCUGAGGCUGUGUCCACUGUUGCUGUGCCAGCCGCCUGGUGCAGCCUGAGCAGAGACUGAUGGGGGUGGGGACGCAUCGCCUAAGUCCACAACACCCCCAUCCUUAGCUCCCACAUACCCCCUUUACCUCACUCUCACUCUCACCCCCACAAUCCCUCUUUCUCUCUUUUGUAAGUACAUGUUUACACAGUGUCUGUUUGAUAUUGAGACAAAAUGGAAGGCACCAAUUGCAGUGAAUAUUAAACAGUGCAUUAAAGCGAGAUUACCGCCAUCCAAUGCAUUUGUUCAUUAUAUCGUUCACCCUCAAGUCAUUGUAGAAAUGAGGUGAACAGUUAACCUGCUUUUGAGGCUCUAGUGCAUGUCAUCAAUUUUGACUAAAAGACAUGAACCUGCUGUUGCUGCUAAUGACAGUAAUAGAGCCCUCAACAUUCAUCUCUAUCAAGCUGUGAAGGUUCGUUUUUUUUCGUUGUGUUAAGAGUACUUGUAUGAAUCAGCAAUGGAUAUAUUAGCUGUUAAAGUCUAGUAAAAUUAUAUGAAAACA